GCUGCAUUAUACUUUGGAAGCCGAUCGAGGCGAGAUUUCGGAGACAAGUUCUGGGGUUUACAAGACAGACUUCAGCUUUUCCAAAAUCACUUUUGAAGUGCUCUUUAAAGGAUUAUAGCAUUCAAUUCUCCAUCAGUCAGGCGGCAUCAUGGUGGAGCAAGAGGGAUUAUUGUCAGGCGGACAGACUCCGGAAAACCGUUAUUCAACGACAGUUAUGACCUCCCGGUUACGUGCAUUGGGUGGAAGAAUUAAUAACAUACGCACCUCAGAAUUACCCAAAGAGAAAACUCGAUCUGAAGUCGUCUGCAGCAUCCGCUUUUUAGAUGGCUUGGUACAGACUUUUAAAGCCAAUAAACAAGAUACCGGUCAAGUUCUUCUGGAUAUGGCAUACAACCACUUGGGUGUGACCGAAAAGGAAUAUUUUGGUUUGCAGCAUGGCGAUGAUUCAGUAGACUCUCUUAGAUGGCUGGAAUCAAGCAAGCCCAUCAGGAAGCAGUUAAAAGGAGGUUUCCCCUGUACUCUGCAUUUUCGAGUAAGAUUUUUUAUACCUGAUCCCAACACACUGCAGCAAGAACAAACCAGGCAUUUGUAUUUCUUACAACUGAAGAUGGAUAUUUGUGAAGGAAGGUUAACCUGCCCUCUUAACUCAGCGGUGGUUCUAGCAUCCUAUGCAGUGCAAUCGCAUUUUGGAGACUAUGAUUCUUCCAUUCAUCAUCCAGGCUAUCUUUCUGAUAGUCAGUUUAUACCAGAUCAGAACGAUGACUUUUUAACGAAGGUGGAAUCGCUCCAUGAACAGCACAGUGGACUAAAGCAGUCAGAAGCUGAAUCUUGCUUUAUCAACAUAGCACGGACCCUCGACUUCUAUGGAGUGGAGCUACACAGCGGUAGGGAUCUGCACAAUUUAGAUCUAAUGAUUGGGAUUGCUUCUGCGGGCAUUGCCGUGUACCGAAAAUACAUUUGCACAAGUUUCUAUCCUUGGGUGAACAUUCUAAAGAUUUCUUUCAAAAGGAAAAAGUUCUUCAUACAUCAACGACAAAAACAGACUGAAUCCAGGGAACAUAUUGUGGCCUUCAACAUGUUAAAUUACCGAUCUUGUAAAAACUUGUGGAAAUCCUGUGUGGAACACCAUACAUUCUUUCAGGCUAAGAAGCUACUACCUCAGGAAAAGAAUGUUCUGUCUCAGUACUGGACUAUGGGCUCUAGGAACCCCAAAAAGUCUGUAAAUAACCAGUAUUGCAAAAAGGUGAUUGGAGGGAUGGUGUGGAACCCAGCCAUGCGGAGAUCGUUAUCAGUGGAGCACUUAGAAACCAAGAGCCUGCCUUCUCGGUCCCCUCCUAUCACUCCUAACUGGCGGAGUCCUCGGCUCCGGCACGAAAUCCGGAAGCCACGGCACUCUUCCGCAGAUAACCUUGCGAACGAGAUGACGUACAUUACCGAAACUGAAGAUGUGUUUUACACGUACAAGGCCUCCCUGUCCCCGAAAGACAGCGAUUCCGAGGUUUCUCAGAACCGGAGCCCUCACCGAGAGAGUCUAUCCGAGAACAACCCAGCACAAAGCUGCCUGACCCAGAAGUCAUCCAGUUCUGUAUCUCCAUCUUCAAACGCUCCAGGCUCCUGCUCAACAGAUGGCGUUGAUCAGCAGUUCAUAGAGGCCUUCCACAGGGUGACCAAAGGGGGCUCCACCGAGGACUCCAGCCAGUACUACUGUGACAAGAAUGAUAAUGGUGAUGGCUACUUAGUUUUGAUCCGCAUCACGCCAGACGAAGAUGGAAAAUUUGGAUUUAAUCUUAAGGGAGGAGUGGAUCAAAAGAUGCCUCUUGUGGUAUCAAGGAUAAACCCAGAGUCACCUGCGGACACCUGCAUUCCUAAGCUGAACGAAGGGGAUCAAAUUGUGUUAAUCAAUGGCCGGGACAUCUCAGAACACACCCAUGACCAAGUGGUGAUGUUCAUCAAAGCCAGCCGGGAGUCCCACACGCGGGAGCUGGCCCUGGUGAUCAGGAGGAAAGCUGUCCACUCAUUCACUGACAUCAGAUCUGAAGAUGAACUGAACCAGCUUUUCCCAGAGGCCAUUUUCCCCACUUGUCCAGAGGGUGGGGACACCUUGGAGGGAUCCAUGGAACAGCUAAAGAAGGGCCUUGAAAGCGGGACAGUGCUGAUCCAGUUUGAGCAACUCUAUAGAAAGAAGCCCGGUCUGGCCAUCACGUUUGCAAAGCUGCCUCAAAAUUUGGACAAAAACCGAUAUAAAGAUGUGCUGCCUUAUGACACCACCCGGGUAUUAUUGCAGGGAAAUGAAGAUUAUAUUAAUGCGAGUUAUGUGAACAUGGAAAUUCCUGCUGCUAACCUUGUGAACAAGUACAUCGCCGCUCAGGGGCCCCUGCCACAUACCUGUGCACAAUUUUGGCAAGUCGUCUGGGAUCAGAAGUUAUCACUCAUUGUCAUGUUGACGACUCUCACAGAGCGAGGGCGGACCAAAUGUCACCAGUACUGGCCUGAUCCUCCCGACGUCAUGGAACACGGCAACUUUCACAUCCGCUGUCAGUCAGAGGACUGCACCAUUGCUUAUGUGUUCCGAGAAAUGCUGGUCACCAACACCGAGACCGGGGAAGAGCACACUGUGACACAUCUCCAGUAUGUUGCGUGGCCUGACCACGGCGUUCCUGAUGACUCCUCGGACUUUCUGGAAUUUGUAAACUACGUGAGGUCCCUGAGAGUGGAUGGUGAACCGGUGUUAGUUCACUGCAGUGCUGGCAUAGGUCGUACUGGCGUGUUGGUCACCAUGGAAACAGCCAUGUGCCUAACUGAGAGAAACCUGCCCGUUUACCCACUGGACAUCGUCCGGAAAAUGCGAGACCAGCGUGCCAUGAUGGUGCAGACAUCAAGCCAGUACAAGUUUGUAUGUGAAGCGAUUCUUCGUGUUUAUGAAGAAGGCUUAGUCCAAAUGCUGGAUCCCAGUUAAGACAACUGUGAAAUGUUCAUUCCUCUUUCCCAGAGGCAUCCUCCUUAAGGACAGACCUUCUCUUUGGAAGCAGCAAGAGGAAUUUGUAGGCUGUGGGGAAGGAAUGAGCACAUUUGAACCCAGGCACUUUAAAGUUCUAUAGAAGAGGUAUCGUGUACAUAGGAACAGUGUAGAUACGCAUGCGGUCGCAGCGUCAGUUAGGCCCGUUAUUCCUCAGAGAGAAGUAAGCAAAUGCGGAUCUCAGUUUGGGGCCUGUCCUAUUGCCUUCCUCCCUAGACAUCACUGUGUUCCUGUAAACCAUCCUUGGGCAAUUGAGAGGGGACGCCAGCAAUGCUCUUGACCGCCCAGAAACAAGAUGGUGUGGCUAUUUAGAGUUGCUUGGAUGUUUUGUGUGUAUAUGUUUAUCGGACUCUAAGGGCUGAGCUUUCUGUCCGUCUAGACGGAGCUGGAACCGUUAGCAUUCACCUGCCCCCUGCUAAGGAAACCCUGAUGAAUGUACUAAAUGGCAGGGUGGUGGGAUUUCAGGCUGAAGGAGCGGGCAGUACCUUUUCUGGCCUCCCUUCCUCUGUCCCAUCUCCCUGCCACGUCCCAUAUUCAUGUUUCUGAGAAUCCUGUCUAAGAUGCCCCGCUUCCUUCCUGCAUUACUGACCCUAUUCAGGUGCUCACGCGGUGCCUGGACCGGAUUAGUCAUGCAGCUUCGGUUGAGUUUUCAGUGGAGACUCUGAACAUGAGGACUCCCGCUGCAUCCUGUCGUCCGUGUGUUAGUUUUAGGAGGAAGUGCUCUUCGCCUCUGCUUGCCUCUUGCUGUACAUGCAGAACCCGAGACUGGAAUUAUCGACUACUGAAUCUACUACAUGGAUUGCUGCUACUUCAAGCUAUGUUACACUUGAAACAUUACGAUUUUCCUGAGGGGAGAUGGGAUAUCAUCUAAAUGUUCAGAAUCGUUGGCCCUGCUGAGGAAAGAUCUAGUCAUGGAACCAUGGGAAACCCAGCUUCUAGAGGGUUGUCCGUGGAUGUGUGUGGAUGUGUGUGUGUGCGCGCCCAUGGUAAGUGUUUCUCAGGACUCCUAACUUGAUUCAAAUUACAGUUGAGUUUAUAUAAAGAAUGAGUCUCUGUAUAGAAGAACAAAUGUGUGCAUUCACCCUCAGUUACAAUGGUCUCCAUUUCAUUUCAAAGGAGAGGAUCAGGCUAUCUGAAUAUAAACACAAUUUGAUGUUAAUUUAUUCUAAGUUCACCCUGAUUUUGAUUGUCCUAAAGAAUUCUGCCUUUGUUCAUACUGUGUUAAAUUUUUUAAAAAUUUGUGACAGGAUUGUAGCAAAUUAUUAUUUAAGGAAAAUAAAUUACGUAAAAAUUUUAA